CCCAAAGAAUGUUGGGUCUUCACUACCACACAGGCCCAUUCCGUAUUGGGAACUUCUCCUUCCCUAUUCCCUUGUGUGAAACCCUAAUUUCAGUCUCAAGCUCAAGCAGAAGAGAGUCUCUGCGCGUUUUGCGAUUUCCAACCCUUCUACAAUGGCGACUAUACCAGUCAAUCCCAAGCCUUUCCUGAACAAUUUGACUGGGAAACCAGUUAUUGUGAAACUUAAGUGGGGAAUGGAGUACAAGGGAUAUCUUGUUUCAGUUGAUUCCUAUAUGAACUUGCAGCUGGCCAACACUGAAGAGUACAUUGAGGGACAGUUUACUGGAAAUUUAGGAGAAAUAUUAAUCAGAUGCAACAAUGUCCUCUACCUUCGUGGAGUACCAGAAGAUGAAGAAAUUGAAGAUGCUCCAGAAGACUAGAAUGAUAAAAGCUUCUUUGUUAUGACAUAAUUAAAACUUAAUUUUUUUCUGUCAUUGUAACUUUACUUAAAUGCAGCUUUGCAUUUUGUAGUUAUGUGUAGAGAUAUGGAUCCAUGAUGCACUCCAAACAGCGUUCCCAUCUUUAGAUUGUUCACAUUUCUUGGGGUGAUUUUAGGGAAAUCUGACGUUGCUUUGAUGCU